GAAGCAACUUGCAAUCUCGUGCUACAAUUUUUGCAAUUCCAUUAUUUCAAUAACAAAAGAUAUUCAUAAAAAUCGAAAUUAAUACUUUUGUCUCUGUAAAGCAAACAACGCGUACAUUUGGUUGCGAUUUCUAAAUAAUUUAUAAUCCUCGUCAUCCCUUUGAAUAUUCGCCCCUGAAUUCUGACACAAAAGAUGGAGGACAACUCAUUCGUCAAAGUAAGCAGCGUCUACGUGCGUGCGCGUCACUGCGAUCAUGCGAUAAAGGAAAAAUAUUUUACCUUCAUAGAGUAUGAGCGCAUAAAUGAAAGUGGCGGUCGAAAAAUAAAAUGUGUCUGAGAUACGUCGCAGAAAUUGUAAUUCACAAUCAAUAAAUGAUAUGAGUAAAGUUACCGCUGCAAAAUAGCUGAAGAUGUGGGUGCAAGACGCAGUCUAGUCGCUGUAAACACGCUCCCGAUCGACUGCCCAUAUAAAACGGAUAUUCUUCACCGCCGCUAGCACCCUUGUUUAUCAAAUUAUAAACAACAGUAUAUCAAAGAUCCAGGAACGAUACGAUCACCCGAAAGGAUGCUGUAUCUCGAAGAUUACGUCGAAAGUACGUAAGAUCGGAGACUGCAAUACCACGUCAAGCUCAAUCGAGGGAUAUUAACCACUCUGAAUAUAUCUAUCCUUUUUGAUUACUUAGAAUGUCAGCUUAGUUAACAUUGAACCAUAACGUCACUUUACAACGUCCGCCAACUUGGAUUAUUUCUAAUUUGACAUACUCUUACGCAUCGCAGAUUAUCUUGUAUAACGAACUCUUGUGAUUCAAUAAUUGUUCUCUUCAGUUAUGAGGUUAAGAUGAUGUUAUUCGAAUGUGAUCGAGCAUCUGCCUCAGGAACUGCGGGACAGGUUCACGGAGAUGAGAGAAAUGGACUUGGGAGUACAAAACUCGAUGGACAGCUUAGAAAAAAAAGUGAAAACGUUCUUUUCAAACGCUAAGAAAAUGAAGCCAAGUGAGAAGGAGGUGGAGUACGAAACGAUCAGAAAAGACUAUUACAAAACGUUAGAAGACGCAGAUGAAAAAGUGCACUUAGCUAAUCAGAUGUACGAUUUGGUGGAUAGGUACUUAAGAAGACUCGAUCAGGAACUUCACAAGUUUAAAAUGGAACUUGAAGCGGACAAUAAGGGGAUCACAGAGAUUUUAGAGAAGAGAUCCUUAGAAUUGGAUCAACCACCUACUAAUAGUAGUCAAAAAGAAAAUCGUUAUAGCUUCACGUCGAAUAGAACUCGAGAUAGUCACAGCCAUUCCCGGGCAGAGAAACGGAGAGACUCUAACGCAUCAUCGGCAUCGAUAGAGAAACGAUUGGCAAUCGAAAAGGCCUCGCAAAGUCUUCCAGAGUCACGUCCAGCCUCUGCAAAUUCAGGACCUAUAGUAGCAACAACCUUACCAUCAACCCCAACUGCAAUUGCUAGCACGGUAGGAGCAGUUGGUUAUAACCUUGGGCACAUUGGAGCAGGUGGUAACGCGAUUGCAGCGGCAGCUUCACAAGCCAUAGCUGCAACACAACUAAUGCAACAAGGUAGACGCACGGCCAGUUUGAAAGCAAGCUACGAAGCUAUAAACACUGGAGGUGUUCACGCAGCUGAAUUCAGCAGAGAAUUGGCUGGUGCGGCACAAACUGCUAUUGCUGCGAUUCAAGAAACUACCAAGAAACAUAAGAAAAAAGUCACUACUACGGUACCUAAUACAAGCGUCAUAAAUGCAGCGGUACAACAGCCUGUCUCUCCACUCGGAGUAACAGCAGCUGCAGCUGUGACAGACCCAGACAACGCAGAUUGGCCGUAUGAUCCUAAUGAACCGAGAUAUUGCAUAUGUAAUCAGGUGUCUUAUGGUGACAUGGUUGCUUGCGAUAACUCAGAUUGCCCGUUCGAAUGGUUCCAUUAUCCAUGUGUUGGAAUUUCGGCUCCUCCGAAAGGGAAAUGGUAUUGUCCGCAGUGUACAUCUUCUAUGAAGAGGCGCGGUGGGCGAAAGAAUUAAUUAGACGAAAUAUUUUCCGAAUUUAACUGUAAGAAAAAAUUACUACUACCUCGUAGCUACUGUCUGUCCCAAUUAUCAAUUAUGAGGCAGAAAUAAUACAGAUUUCGACAGUAAUUUUAUACACAAUUUUUUUGAAAUUAUACUUCAAAAUAGGUUUUUUUUCCUCGCUUACGUUGGCGUUUAUUGAAAUCGAGCGAUUUUUGUGAUGACUUGAAUUUUAAAUAUUCAGGGCGACUGAUCUACGUGAAAAAUUAUUUAUUCCCCGGUAUUGCGUUGAGGCAUGUUGUACAUGGAGAGUAUUAUGGUUCGAAACCGAAAAUUUUCAAGUCGAUUGCACUGUGAUCGCCCUGCCAGUCGAAAAAAAAUCCAUUUGAGUAUAGAUAGUCGUUCAUUCGUUAGAUAGUUGAUUUGUUUGUUUAUUUAUACUAUAUGUAUAUCUUGUGAUCUUGUCCUUCCUACUCUUGAAAAAUGACCUCAAUGGAUUUCGUAUAGAUUUGUGACUAUGAAGGCGAGCUUGGUUUAGGUCUCCCAAUAUCACUUCGGAGCCGACGAUUGAGCGAACAAUAAAUAAAUACGCUUUUAAAAACGAAAUCAUAAAAAUAAUUAUGAUAAUAAUAAUGAUAAUAGACUCAAUAAUUGUAACGAUAAUGAAAAAAAAAACUAGUACCAAAAUAAUAAAAUAUUGUUUCAACUAAGUAAAUAAUAGCGUGUGACAAACAAUAUAAAAUCAUGUAAUAAACUAACAAUAAGUGAUGCAUUGGUAUAUUGAAUUAUUCGUCGUUCUCUUAUAAUUGUUUCAGAGAUAUGUAUGAUAUUUUAUUGUACAUGUUCAAUUAUAAACUGGUAAAAAAUAAAACGUGGUAAUAAUGCUAA